AUGUCCUCCACCAAUUCCCCCACCCGCACAAGGAGCAGACAUCGAAAGAAGUCGAAAGAAGCGCUCCAUAUCCGCGUCGAGAAGCAUGUCGAGGUUCAUAGUGACCCAGACGUCGCUCCGUUUACCGUCUCUUCUGGGAACAGCCGCCAGUCGAGGGCCUCGAGCUCAACUUCAAAGUGUUUGAUCACCCUCUUCCUGGUGUUCCAUGUGGUGUAUAUGGCGUACCUUGGAAUUGCAUGGUGGAAUGAUCAUGAGAUGCACGAGCUGGGCGAGUGUGCUCAGCCUGGUGAGUUGGUUCCGAGGCGUCAUUAUGAGCUAUGGGAGAAGGUGAAUAGGGGACUGUCGAGUGAGAAGUUCAAGAUGAAGGCUAUCACAUUGCUCGGAGAUGCUGUUAGGAUACCAACCGAGACGUAUGAUAACAUGGGGGAAGUUGGAGAAGAUCCUCAAUGGGACAAGUUCAUCCCUUUCCACGCGUACUUGAAAGUUGCGUUCCCUCACUCUUCUCUCAAGUUGACAAAGGUCAACAAGUUUGGCCUUUUGUAUGAAUGGAGGGGAACACAACCAGAUCUUAGGCCCAUUCUUUUAGCCGCGCAUCAGGAUGUCGUCCCCGUCGAGAACUCGACAAGGUCGUCAUGGGUACAUGAGCCAUUCUCUGGAUACUACGACGGCGUGCGGAUCUGGGGCCGCGGGAGUUCGGACGACAAAUCAGGCCUCGUUGGAUCAUUAGCUGCUGUAGAAACUCUGCUUCAAUCUGGGUUUCAACCCGAACGGGGCGUUGUCCUAGCAUUUGGGUUUGACGAAGAAGCCAGUGGUUUCCAUGGUGCCGGGACGCUCGCAGGCGCAAUCAAGGACAUCUAUGGAGAGAAGGGGAUCGCUAUGAUUGUGGAUGAAGGAGCUGGGUUUUACAACCAAUUCGGUUCGGUUAUUGCCUUGCCUGGAAUUGCUGAAAAGGGUUUGUACAACAUCCGCGUCGAAGUUCGAACGCCGGGAGGACAUUCGAGUGUUCCUCCCGACCAUACGAGUAUUGGCAUCCUGGCUGAUAUCCUUUCACACUUGGAGAAGAACCCUUUCCCCGCACCUCUGACCAGGAAUCAACCGCUGUUCCAGUCGCUCCAAUGCGUUAGUCGGCACGCCAAAGCCGUCUCUCCUUCCUUGCGACACACUAUCCGAUGGUCCCUUUAUUCCAACUUGCUGCUGAAGCUGGUCGAGCGAAAGUUGUUUAAGAGUUCCUUGUUCAAGAGUCUAGUCGGCACGACUCAAGCUAUUGACAUGGUCCACGGAGGUGUCAAGAGUAACGCGUUACCCGAAGAUGCAUGGGCUAUCGUGAACCAUCGUGUUUCUGUUACGAGUUCAUUGGGCGAAGUCCAGAGGCGUUAUGUCGAGUUGCUCAAGCCCCUGGCGAAGCGCCACAACUUAACUUUCACCGCCUUCGACAAGGUCAUCCUGGGCGAACACGGUGCGGAAUCCCCGCGUCAAUUGGUCGUGAAGAACGCGACGCUUCAUGGAUUGGAGCCUGCGCCCGUCACUCCAACCGGCAAGGAUUCGGGAGCAUACCAGUUGUUGGCUGGAACCAUCAAGGCGACGUAUAGGUCUCACCGGGGUUUGAAUAGCUCGGAUGAGAUGGUUAUAGCGCCUGGCAUGAUGCCGGGGAAUACUGAUACCCGGUAUUAUUGGGACCUCACGGAUAACAUAUUCCGUUACAACCAUUACCACAACCUGAUCCCUGCUGCACGAGGUGUGCAUACGGUUAACGAACAUAUUGAAGCCGACGUGUUUGUCGAGAUGAUUCGUUUCUUCGUGACCAUCAUCCUCAAUGCGGACGAGGCCACCAACUUGUAG